CACCACGAUGACGUAGUCACAUGCCGCCGGCAAACGUUCUGUUAUAAUACUGCGUCAGUGUUUGCAUGGUUUCUUUAGCAUUCUUCUCGUCUCUUUCGUUAUAAUGUUAUAUCUUGGUUUGUCGUCGACUUUACGCUCUUCUCUGCGCCGUAAAGUAAUCAUACGGCCACAUGCGCAGCCCUUCUCGACGCGCACACAAUCACACAAUGCGAACAUACGAAGUGUCUUGCAAAACCGCCCGACCGUCUUGUCACCCACUCUGCUCUCCCGCUUCUCGCGUCCUAUCACAACGGAUGCGCAAACUAUAACAACCGCUUCAUCGCAAGAUGCUUGGAAGCGUUUCGGAAUCACAGCGGCUGUUGUCGCGGGCACUGUCAUCCUAGCAGAAGGUUUCUUGAAUAGAGACACACGCGAUAGAUUGAGCCCAGCUGAACAAUCCUACUUACAUGAAAGUUUCAUGUACACAGGGGCUGGCCUGACAUUGACUGCAGUUGCUGCUCGGAGUUUGUUCAGGUCCGGUGUCGCCUUCAGAAUCAUGUCCGCGAACCCUUGGGUGGUACUCGGUGUCAGUCUUGCGGGCAGCAUCGGAUCGAUGAUGGGUGUCUUCUACACACCACCGGAGCAGACCUUUCAGAAGCACGCUUUUUGGCUGGCAUUUAAUGCGUGUCAAGCUGCAACCCUAAGCCCGCUCUUCUUCUUAAGCCCUGCCAUUUUAUCUCGGGCAGCCCUCUACACGUGUGGCGUAGUUGGCUCUCUUUCAUUCGUGGGCGCCACAGCUAAGAGUGACAAAUAUCUGUACAUGGGUGGGCCGCUGUUGGCUGGUGUCACAGUCGUUGCUUUAAGUUCACUCGCUCCACUUGCUCUCCCGUUGGGUAUGCGUGGCCUCGCUGUUGCAGAAACCCUCUCCCUUUAUGGAGGUCUUGCCGUCUUUGGCGGCCUUGUACUUUACGACACCCAAAAAAUUUUGCAGCACGCACGCAUGGCGGAGAUGGGUGUCGUUCCCAGGGAUCCCAUAAAAGAAUCUGUUGCCCUUGAGCUUGAUAUGAUCAACAUCUUUAUCCGCCUUGCUCAGAUCCUGGCUAUGCGCCAAAAUAACCGAAAGUGACUAACUGACGGGUAAUAGGUCCUCAAUUGAUAUGGUUCACCACUCAGCAUUCAUGCCUGGCAU